CUCAAAACACCCCGAUAAAUCAUGUACUCAAUGUUUUAGUUCUUUCUUUGACUGUUAUCAACCCACAGCAGCAAAAUAAAGAAAAAAGAACAAAUCCGAAGCAAACUACUUGUCCCCUCUUUACAUCUCUCUCUCCCCUCUCUCAGUUUGUGGUUGAAAUCUCAAUAACCCAUCAUGUUCAACUAGCAGUACUUCAAGUCUUGGCUUUUAUUACUAUGAUCAGAUGUUCUAUUUACAAACCCCCCCCUCUCAUUUUGACCUUUUAUUGUUAAAGUAGGAUUUGGAAAGCAUCCUGUUCUAUAUAAUCAAUCUGAGCAGUGCUGCCAAUGGCUUCAGCAAGUGUAGUUCCCACAUUGGGAACAAAAGAACCUACCGAAAACAGUGCUGGUGUUGAUAGGUUGCCCGAAGAGAUGAAUGAUAUGAAAAUUAGGGAUGACAAGGAAAUGGAACCAGCUAUAGUUGAUGGCAAUGGGACGGAAACUGGGCAUAUUAUCGUGACAACUAUUGGUGGUAGAAAUGGCCAACCAAAACAGACAAUUAGCUAUAUGGCUGAACGAGUUGUUGGGCAAGGAUCAUUUGGAGUAGUAUUCCAGGCAAAGUGUCUAGAGACUGGUGAAGCUGUUGCUAUCAAAAAAGUUCUUCAGGACAAGAGGUACAAAAACAGGGAGCUUCAAACCAUGCGUGUUCUUGAUCACCCGAAUGUGGUCUCUCUUAAGCAUUGCUUCUUUUCAACAACGGAAAAGGAAGAACUCUAUCUUAACCUUGUAUUAGAAUUCGUCCCAGAGACAGUUCACCGUGUGAUCAGACAUUACAACAAGAUGAAUCAAAGGAUGCCUAUGAUCUACGUGAAACUUUAUAGCUACCAGAUUUUGAGAGCACUGGCUUAUAUUCAUGGCAGUAUUGGAGUAUGCCACCGAGACAUUAAACCUCAAAACUUGCUGGUAAACCCACACACACACCAAGUGAAACUAUGUGACUUUGGAAGUGCAAAAGUACUGGUAAAAGGAGAGCCGAACAUUUCCUACAUCUGUUCUAGAUACUACCGAGCCCCAGAACUUAUAUUUGGUGCAACGGAGUACACUACAGCAAUAGACAUCUGGUCUGCCGGGUGUGUUUUGGCCGAAUUGCUGCUUGGACAGCCCCUCUUUCCUGGUGAGAGUGGAGUGGACCAGCUUGUGGAAAUCAUCAAGGUUUUGGGCACCCCUACAAGAGAGGAAAUUAAAUGCAUGAAUCCCAACUACACCGAAUUUAAAUUUCCUCAGAUAAAAGCGCAUCCAUGGCACAAGAUAUUCCACAAGCGCAUGCCUCCAGAAGCAGUGGAUCUCGUGUCACGGCUACUGCAAUAUUCUCCGAAUCUUAGGAGUACAGCUUUGGAUGCCUUAAUGCAUCCCUUUUAUGAUGAGCUUCGUGACCCAAACACCCGCCUGCCAAAUGGACGAUUUCUUCCUCCGCUGUUUAACUUCAAGUCUCACGAGCUGAAGCAUGUGUCGCCUGAGAUGCUGGGAAAGCUGAUCCCGGAGCAUGCGAGAAAGCAAAGUGCGUCGAUCAGUUCAUGAGCAUUCGUCAUUAUCUAUGUAUCAAUGUACUGUAGUUGUAGACAAAACAUAAAGCUUAUGCUCAAUAUGCCAUCAUGUGGGGGUAUUCCGACUCGCGACAGAGUUGUAAUAGUUACCGGUAUGCAAAGUUUUAUAGUAUCUUUAAUUAGAACAUCAUGUUUAUCCUUAUUUGAAACUAGGGAUUGUUUCGGAGUUGCA